AUUUGAAAUCAGUAAUAUGUCUACAGCGCAGUCCUACCAGGACUUCAUCCAGGCUCAAGAGGACAGGGAUGGAGUUAGGGUCAGCUGGAAUGUUUGGCCGAGUAGUAGACUAGAGGCAACCAGGAUGGUUGUCCCCCUGGCUACUCUGUAUACCCCCCUGAAGGAGAGACCUGAUCUACCUCCUAUAACCUACGAUCCUGUAACCUGUGCCCGUCAGACUUGCAAAGCUGUUCUCAAUCCUAUGUGCCAGGUUGAUUUCCGAGCUAAACUUUGGGUGUGCAACUUUUGUUUCAACAGGAACACUUUCCCGCCCCAGUACAGUGCAAUAUCGGAGCAGAACCAACCUGCUGAACUCAUCCCUCAGUUCAGUACACUAGAGUACACAAUUACUAGAGCUCCGGUUAUGCCCCCCGUAUUUCUGAUGGUUGUGGAUACAUGUGUUGACGAGGAGGAGUUGAAAGCUCUGAAAGAAUCUCUUCAAAUGUCUCUCUCCCUAUUGCCUCCGAAUGCGCUCAUUGGUUUGAUCACCUAUGGAAAGAUGAUUCAGGUUCAUGAGCUCUGCUGUGACGGGAUCAGUAGAUCCUAUGUUUUCAGAGGAACCAAGGACUACACUGCCAAGCAGGUUCAAGAAAUGCUUGGAACUUCAAAGGGCCAUGGAGCGGCUCCCGGUGGAGCUCCUGGACAGCCUCGAGGUCCCGGAGGUCCUAUGGGACCCGGAGGACAACCACUACCUCCGGCAAACAAGUUUCUUCAGCCAGUUCAUAAAUGUGAUAUGUCCCUGACUGAUCUACUUGGAGAACUACAACGAGAUCCUUGGCCCGUCAAUACUGGGAAACGUCCUCUGCGUUCUACAGGAGUGGCUCUCUCGAUUGCUGUUGGUUUAUUAGAGAGCAGUUAUCCUAACUGUGGAGGACGGAUAAUGUGUUUUGUUGGAGGAUCUUGCUCCCAGGGACCAGGACAGGUUGUUGAUGAUGAGCUAAAGCAUCCUAUUCGUUCUCACCACUCUAUAGAGAAGGAUGAGGCCAAGUUCUUGAAGAAGGCGACUAAGCACUACGAGGCCUUGGCUAAGCGUGCAGCUGAGAACGGUCAUGCAAUUGAUCUUUACAGUUGUGCUCUAGAUCAGACAGGAUUACUGGAGAUGAAAUCUUGUUGUAAUCAGACCGGAGGUUUCAUGGUUAUGGGAGAUUCAUUCAACUCUGCUCUCUUUAAGCAAACAUACCAGAGAGUCUUCUCCAAGGACGCAAAAGGAGAGUUUAAGAUGGCCUUCAAUGCCACCCUUGACAUUAAGUGCUCCAGAGAGAUCAAGAUUAGUGGCAGUAUUGGUCCCGCCGUCUCCGCGAACAAGAAGGAUCAGAGUAUCUCUGAGGUUGAGAUCGGAGUAGGAAACACUAGCUCCUGGAAGUUCUGUGCUCUCAAUCCCUCCACUACAUGCGCCACGUUCUUCGAGGUGACGAACCAGCAUGGAGCUCCUAUACCUCAGGGAGGCCGGGGCUGUCUACAAUUUAUUACAACAUAUCAGCAUGCUAACGGACAACGGAGAGUGAGAGUCACAACUGUCGCUAGGAACUGGGCUGACCCCGCCACCGCCCUGCCUCAUAUCGCCGCUAGUUUUGAUCAAGAGGCGGCGGCAGUAUUGAUGGCUAGAAUGGCGGCAUGGCGAGCGGAGAGUUCUGAAGAAGGAGCGGAUGUAUUAAGAUGGGUUGACAGGAUGUUAAUCAGACUCUGUCAGAAGUUCGGAGAAUAUAACAAGGAUUCUCCUGAUAGUUUCCGUCUACCGGAGAAUUUUUCUCUUUAUCCUCAAUUUAUGUUCCAUCUUAGAAGAUCACAAUUUUUACAGGUGUUCAAUAAUUCUCCGGAUGAAACAACAUUCUACCGAGGUUGUUUGAACAGAGAAGAUCUUACUCAAUGCCUAAUCAUGAUCCAACCCAUCCUUUACAGUUACAGUUUCCAGGGUCCCCCCGAACCUGUACUACUGGAUACAAGUAGUAUCCAGCCUGAUCGGAUCCUUCUCUUGGAUACUUUCUUCCAGCUUCUCAUCUUUCACGGAGAAACUAUUGCUCAGUGGAGAGCUGCAGGAUACCAGAAUCAGCCUGAGUAUGCGAACUUUAAACAGCUCCUUGAAGCUCCUAUUGCAGAUGCUCAGGAGGUUCUUCUGACAAGGUUUCCUGUUCCUCGAUAUAUUGAUACCGAGCAGGGUGGAAGCCAGGCUAGAUUUCUUCUGUGUAAGGUAAAUCCUAGUCAGACCCACAAUAACCAGGGUUGGGGUGGAGCUGAUGGAGCUCCUGUUCUAACGGAUGAUGUUAGUCUUCAGGUUUUUAUGGAACAUUUGAAGAAGCUUUCUGUAUCCUCUCAAGCUUAAAAGGAUGGGUACAUGCCAUGGUUCUCCUUGGAGGAAAAUUGCUGAGAAGAGAGAUGCUGUAUUCCUGCUAAGAAGCAUCUGACCAUUCAGUCCUUUAACAAUUAUGUACUAUGUGAUAACUUAAUAGUAUACAGUUUUAAUAUGCUUUUAUUUAUUUGAAUAAUUCAAGAUUAUAUAAAAUUUAUAAUUUGAUGUUUUGAUGAAGUUUUAUUUCAGA